AUGGUUCACGCUACCUCACUUCUGACAAGUCUGACUGUGCGCGAUUCGGAGAAUCUUGUCCUGACCCCCAAGCCGCCAGACGCACCGUUCACCGCGCUCAUUUCGCUGCAGUCAGCCACCCCUGUCAGACAGACUGCUCAGCGCCCCAAGUCAAAGCCAACAGCCUCCCCCUCUCGCCUUUACCGCCGCCUUGUGUGGCUUUUGUUGUAUUUUUCUACGGAGUACUUCUCUUCUCUUUUCGUUUCUACUAGCUAUUGUCUCUGCCGUGCCAUUUACCUACCGAGCUACCGACCAUUUCUUCUUGUUUCGUUCCCGUCCUCCUUUUGCCAACCAGACCGGACCAUUGGGCGCGCAGUGUGGCUGGGCCCAGAGAGUCUGAGAGAGCGAGAAUCUGACAGUCUGAGCUAG